AUGGUAGGUGGUAUUUCAGUAACCCACCCAGCAAGCACCAUUUUAACAUGUUGGACAUAUAGUCGAAAACCUGGUAACAAACCACGGACAGUAUCAAUGUCUCUCAGAAACGGAAAUAGCAAUAAACAGCAGCUAGAACGUGAAAGGCUCUAUCUCGGCUUCGACUUCGGCACUUCCGGCGCCAGGUUUGCCGUUAUUGACAUCGGCGGCACAAUUCAGGCCGAGGCCAAGAGACACUAUCCACUAUACUCGAACGGAGAGUCACGUGAUUGGGUACGUUCAUGGAAGGAGACACUUUUUUUGUUGCUUCAAGAUAUUCCACCUAACCUUCGCAAACACAUUGUAUCCAUUUCUAUUGAUGGUACAUCUGCAACUACUAUCAUUCUUGAUAGUGACACGGGAGAGCCGUUGUGUAGACCUUUUCUUUAUAAUGAAACUUGUUCUGAAGCACUACCUGCUGUAAAAUCUAUUGCACCUCCAAACCAUACAGUAUGCUCUGCUACGUCCACUCUGUGUAAGCUUGUCUCGUGGUGGAAUCGUGAUGGUUUGAACGAAAAAUCUGCUCUGUUGUUGCACCAAGCAGAUUGGCUUUUAUGGCUUCUUCAUGGAAAGCUUGGAGUUUCAGAUUAUAAUAAUGCUCUGAAGGUUGGAUAUGAUCCUGAAGCUGACUCAUAUCCGUCAUGGCUAAUCUCUCAACCUUACUCUCAUCUUUUACCUUCGGUUGUUGCACCAGGAACUCCAAUUGCUUGUUUAAAGGAGGAACUUAGAAAUAAAUUUGGUUUUCAGAAGGAGUGUGUUGUAUGCACUGGAACCACAGACAGUAUAGCUGCAUUUCUUGCAGCUCGAGUUACUCAACCUGGAAAAGCUGUCACUUCAUUGGGUUCAACACUUGCUAUUAAACUAUUAAGCAACACAAGAGUUGAGGAUUCUCGGUUUGGGGUGUAUAGUCAUCGCCUUGAUGAUAAAUGGCUUGUUGGUGGUGCUUCAAACACUGGUGGAGCUGUUCUUAGACAGCUUUUCACGGAUGAUCAAUUAAAGAAACUGAGUGAACAAAUCAAUCCCUCACAAAUAUCUCUUCUGGACUACUAUCCCCUUCCAAAAGCUGGUGAAAGAUUUCCAAUUGCAGAUCCAGAUUUGGCUCCAAGGCUACUUCCACGUCCAGAAAAUGAUGCUGAAUACUUGCAUGGGAUUUUGGAAUCUAUUGCACGAAUAGAGGAAAAGGGAUAUGGGUUGCUAAAGGAGCUCGGCGCAACUGCAGUAGAUCAAGUUUUCACAGCCGGUGGAGGAGCGAAUAAUGAGAAGUGGACAAAGAUAAGAGAGAGGGUGCUUGGUUUACCAGUGAGUCGUGCAAAUCAAACAGAAGCUGCUUAUGGAACUGCAUUGCUGGCAAUUAAGGGUGAUCAACAAAAUAUUUUGUGA